ACAAGGAGAGAUGUUAAAUUAGUGGCUCCUGUAGAUGUAUGCGAUGUGACAGCCCCGUGGAAGGGUUUAUAACACGUGAUGGUUCUGAUUCAACACUUGCCUGGAGGAAGGGCAGCUCAGGUCUAGUAAUAACAAGUCAUUGCGUGACUUACCUCGCGUACCAAUGCAGAUGUGAACUCAGGAGGGUGUGUGUUGGUCUUGCGGAUGAGUUGUUCACAACCGUUAAUGAUGAACGUACAAAGUUAUCUGAAAAGCACCUGGUAUGGACUAAAGAGCGGUGGCAAAAUGAAGAUGCGGAUGGAAGCGGCUAAAAGCCCCUGGACUCCACCGCUCGCCUUCGACCUCAGUUACAAUGAAAGCGUCAGGUUGGCCACGGACGCGCUGCUCGACUCCGGACCCGGGGCUUAUGAGAACAUCUUGAACUGGGAGCAGGAACUGAGCUUCUUAUCUCCUUCAGAAAUCCAGUACAUUGUCACAAACGCCGAGGGUCCCCAGCUCCAGGAACCACGUGUAGAUGGAGAAGGGAUGGACGCCGUCUCCCACGCUUCGGACACCUACUUCCCCCUGGAAUCAGAGAGCGGGGGUCCGGUGCUGGAGCAAGGCUGGCCCAUGUUAAACAAGCGCUACUACCUGAAGGGCCCAUCCAAUGUCAGCGUUUACUUCCAGACCCAGGGCUCCCGCAGCAUCAAGGACGUUUUACGCUUCCAAAUCAACCAGGCUGUUGAGUUGAUCGCCGUCGUGAUGGAUGUAUUCACUGACAUCGACAUAUUUUGUGAUGUGCUUGAAGCUGCCAACAAGCGCAACGUUGCGGUUUAUGUGUUGCUGAACCAGGGCUCGUUACAAUACUUCACUGAAAUGUGUGAAAAACUCCAGUUAACAAGCAGUCACUUAAAGAAUAUAAGUGUCCGGACGGUUUCUGGCGAUCUCUACUGUGCAAAGUCAGGAAUGAAAUUCUCAGGACAAGUUCAAGAAAACUUCAUCAUCAUAGACUGCCUACAUGUCUUAGCAGGAUCUUACAGUUUCACUUGGUUAUCGGCACAAGUCCACAAGAACUUCAUCAGCUUCUAUUCCGGGCACGUUGUGGAAUGUUUUGAUGAGGAGUUCCGCAGGCUCUACUCCCAGUCCAAGCAGGUGAAGGGGUUCAGCUCAGAAGAAGCUGCGCCCUGCUCCGUUGUGAACAGCCAGCCACGACCCUUCCUCACCCCAACGGCAGUGUGGCCUGAAAGUCGCAACACUCACUCGGACACCCUCAGCAGCCUGUCCAACCUCAGUGACCCACAUGACCGUCUACACCUUCAGUCUCCGCCUGUAGUGAGCAAAGACCGGCGGCACAGUAACGCUGUCCCUCAGUACAGAGUAGUGUACACUCCUCUAGUCCAGCACAGGAAGCAACCAUUCCCACUGCCCCUUACCCACAGACUAUGCCCUGCUCCAGCGACCUGCCUCCUCAAAGAGAUUCUGAAACCUGGGACUUGCUCCGAGGACAUUAACGUUCUCAGGGCAGGGAAAGAGGAGUUGCAGAGUUCAUUCCAACUGUUGUCCAUUGGGCAACUUUACCCCCCACCAGACACCAAACAAUGCUUCAGCCCAGAGCAAAACCGCAGAGGGAAACACACCACAGACGUUCUGUUCAGACCUAAUAAUCUGAUGGGCCCCAAGCAUUUCAACCACAGAUAUUAAAAUAUUAACGGAAAUAUGGGCGCAGUGUUGGGGGGGGUCUGAAUGUGGAAUGUGUGUGGAAUCUACGGGCAUUCAAGAGCAGAUAUCCUCUCCUCAUGUCAUGAUCUAGAGUCAUCGCAACAUGCAAACAGUCCCUUCAGCCCACCAAGUCUACGCCAAUAUGCCCAGUUACCUCAAGUUCACACAAACUCCGUUUUUAGCGGUUGGUAGGUUCUUAAUUAAUAAUGGCAUCAAAGGUUACGUGGAAAAGGCAAGAGAAUGGGGUUGAAAGGAAAAAAUAGAUCAACUAUGAUCAAAUGGUGGUGCAGACUCGAUGAACCCAAAUGGCAUUAUUCUGCUCCUGUCUUAUGAUCGUGAUAAUUUCGUCUCACAACCCUCCAGGGUUUCACCACUUUGUGUGAAAAUAUAGAAUAUUUAUAUUUGUCCCUCUGCUUCUAUGACCUGCUCUGCCUUUCCGUGCACUGCUGCAAGUGAUUACCUUUCCCUGCCCGUACUUAUUGAAUAGAAUCUCUUGCAUUGUUUACUUAUGAUCCACAAUUAUGAUCUCCCCACUGAUUCUUUUUGACUCUCUGCCCCAAAAUUUGUUUAUUCUCAAAAUCUGCAAAGUCUUGGCCUUUAUGGUUUGUUACGGUUAUUCACUCUUUGAUCAAGGGCAGUGCACAGUUUGUGAGAAAAAG